AUUAGUGGGUGUGUGUUGUCUUCCCCCCUCAUUCAGUGCGACGUUUUAUUAAAGUUGUAAGAUGGCGACGGUGCAUCUGAGGAUCGGGGACCUAGUGUGGGGGAAGCUUGGUCGUUACCCACCAUGGCCAGGAAAGAUAGUGAGCCCUCCGAAGGACCUGAAGAAGCCUAGGGGCAAAAAAUGCCAUUUUGUGAAAUUCUUUGGGACUGAAGACCAUGCCUGGAUCAAAGUAGAACAGCUGAAGCCCUACCACGCCCACAAAGAGGAGAUGAUCAAGAUAAAUAAAGGAAAGCGCUUCCAGCAGGCGGUGGAUGCGGUGGAAGACUUCCUCAAGAAAGCAAAGGGGAAAGAGCAGAACUCAGACGGCAAAGGAGACUCAAAAGGAAAGAAGACGCCCAACAAGCCGCUGAAAAUACUGGAGGAGGACGAUGAGGAUCUCAGUGCCCUGAAGGACCCCUCUGAGAAGGACUUAACUGACUCUGACCCCGAGCCAUCCACUAUUGAGAGGCUGGGGGCUGGACCUGGCUCAGGAUUCAAAUGGGAAAGCAGUCCUGUGAAGGAUGACCCACAUUUCCAUCACUUCCUACUUAGCCAGUCUGAGAAGCCAGCCUCAUCUAUGGAACCCAUUAGCAAGCGCCUGAAGAUUGUGGAGGAGGUCACAGGGUCAACAUCUAUCCAAGCAGCAGACAGCACAGCCAUCAAUGGUAGCAUCACGCCCACAGAUAAAAGGAUAGGCUUCCUGGGUCUGGGGCUGAUGGGUAGCGGUAUAGUCUCCAACCUGCUGAAAAUGGGUCACAUUGUCACAGUGUGGAAUCGCACAGCAGAAAAGUGUGACCUGUUCAUCCAGGAGGGUGCCAGGUUAGGCCGGACUCCUGCCGAGGUGGCGUCCAUGUGCGACAUCACUUUCUCCUGCGUCUCUGACCCGAAGGCUGCCAGGGAUUUGGUGUUGGGACCCAGUGGGGUGCUGCAAGGAAUCAGACCAGGCAAAUGCUACGUAGAGAUGUCCACUGUAGACCCAGAGACCAUCACAGAACUCUCACAGGUGAUCACGUCGCGGGGCGGCCGUUUCCUGGAGGCUCCGGUGGCGGGAAGCCAGCAGCUCUCCAAUGACGGGAUGCUGGUCAUCCUGGCAGCUGGCGACAGAACGGUCUACGAGGACUGCAGCAGCUGCUUCCAGGCCAUGGGCAAGACCUCCUUCUUCCUGGGUGAGGCAGGAAAUGCAGCGAGGAUGAUGCUGAUCCUCAACAUGGUGCAGGGCAGCUUCAUGGCCACCAUUGCAGAGGGGCUUACUCUGGCCCAGGCCACUGGCCAAUCACAGCAGACCUUCCUGGACAUCCUGUGCCAGGGCCAGAUGGCGAGCACCUUUGUGGACCAGAAAUGCCAAAAUAUUUUACAGGGCAACUUUAAGCCAGACUACUAUUUGAAACAUAUUCAGAAGGAUCUGAGGCUAGCCAUCUCCAUGGGCGACAUGGCCAACCAUCCAACCCCAAUGGCUGCAGCUGCCAAUGAGGUUUACAAGAGGGCUAAGGCACUGGACCAGUCAGACAAUGAUAUUUCUGCAGUCUACAGAGCCUACAUUCACUAGAGCGGGGGUGUGACCUAUCCUCUGGACCACACAGUCUUUAAUCCCUUCUUAUUUCACCCUCAUCAUUUACUGAGUGUUUUUAUUUGAAAUUCUAGUUCUUUUUUUUUUCUUUUUCUUCCUUUCUUCGUUGCCCCAGCGCCAGACGUGUUACUUACCUACAAGUCAUGGGAUGUAAUUCCUUUUUUUUUUUUUUUUUCUUCUUCUUCAAAGAGGCAACCCUGAGCAUUGUAUUGUAUUGACUGUAACUGGGGGAAGAUUCACUGUAAGAGUGCUCCAAACGAGGUUGUACUACUGCACUGCUGCGGCAGUUUGCUGUGGGGUUGGGGGAUGGGGGUCAGUUUGUCUGGUUUGUGACAACUCAAAAAAAAACAAAAAAAAACAAAACGUAGGUAGGAGUAAAGCAGGGUGUUUGGUGAGGAUGCAGGGUCCAGUGCUACUGUGAAGAGCAGGGUGUCCGACUCAAUCCAGAGAAAAUGCUCGUCAGGCUUUUGUGGAUGCAGAAACCCCGAAAGAGUUUUUUUUUUUUUUUUUUUUCAUGUGCAAAUGAAGAGUUUAUUUAAUUGAGUGUGAUAUUUGCUUUUCUUUUUCUUUUUAUUUCUUUUUAAUGUUCAGAUUUCCAUGAGAGAAAAAAAACACCAAGAACAUGCCACUGCAUUGCCUUAAUAUUGUAACCCCUCAAGUCUUUCAAUAAUAGAUGUAUUUAUUUAUA